UUUCAGUGCUCCGCUAACCGAAUCUAUUCAUCAAUGGCGAUCUUCUCACGUAGAGAUGCAUGUCCUAUCAUUAAGAGUGUCCUUCUUCUGGACUCUGAAGGAAGGCGUGUAGCAGUUAAGUAUUAUACAGAUGAAUGGGAAACCAACAGUGAAAAGUUAGCUUUUGAAAGGUCCAUCUUCAGUAAAACACAGAAAACUAAUGCACGAACUGAACCGGAGAUAUUGAUGUUUGAGAAUAAUGUUGUGGUGUAUAAGUUCAUACAAGACUUGCAGUUUUAUGUAACUAGUGGUGAUGAUGAAAAUGAAUUGGCUUUGGCCACUGUCCUGCAGGGUUUCUCUGAAGCAGUUAUUCUUCUACUCAGGGGUAACAUUGACCAAAGGGAGGCAUUUGAAAACUUAGAUAUGAUGUUUUUAUGCCUUGAUGAGAUUGUUGAUGGAGGAAUGAUUCUUGAAACGGAUGGAAAUACAAUUGCCAGAAAAGUAGUUACAAACAUCAUGGAUGAUGAGACUCCCUUGUCUGAACAGACAAUUACUCAAGCCUUGGUAGCCGCUCGUGAACAUUUCGCAAGAUCACUUCUCAGUUAAUACGUUUUCUAUCCACAGGUUGCACUUUGUGUGUCCAACGUACAUGGUAUUAUACUAGAAGCAUGACAUCAAGAUGUGACGAAACAACUCAUUCCUCUAUGCAUGUUUUAGUGUUUUACCAUAAAGAGCAGCAAAUUGAUGUAAAAUUUUAAGCAUAUCAAAUCUUUGUUGACAGAGGUAUAGACCCCAAUAAUUAAUAUUUGUUUACAAUUAAGGGUAGUAUGGAGUGUACAUUGCAUUUAUGUUGUGUUGUUGGAAUCCAUAUAUAAGCGUGGAAAAUAAAUGAUGAGGAAUGAGUAGUAGCCAUUCAUUAAGGUAGAAAAAAAAAACAUUGACCAUAUAUGUGGAUC